ACUGGUAAUUUGCUUUCCAUAUUAAAUAAUUAAUAAUACUGAUUUUGAACUCCAAGACAGUACGCUAUUUUAAACUUGACUUUAAAAGCUUCAUCCCUGUCUUUUGCCUUUUGAGAUUAAGAUGAUGUCGUUUUUAGAAAUUGAAUAAGGGGGAGAGAGUGGGUGAGACGCAGGGAGAGGGAGAGGGAGAGAGAGAGAGAGAGAGAGAGAGGGAGAGGGGUGGUAUCAAUCAUGGAGUUCGAGCUUUCUAUUGGUUCCUCUGACCCUUCUUGCCCCAUGUGAGCCUGCUAGAUUUGGUGGGUAUGUUGGAUCUGAGUUGUGCUUUGCUCUCUUAGUCAGUUUCCCAGAAAAAAAAAUUAAAAAUAUAGUAUUGCUUUCGUUUUUGGCAUGAAUGAGUCUUAAAAUGCAAAUUUCAGAGUCAGUCUUGAGAUUCAUCUGUAAAGAUGUGUGUUUUGGGUUCUGGGUCUCUCCUUCGGUGGCUGAAAAUGUGUUCUUUAAGUGAUACUCUAGAUGUGAAAUGGAUUUUUCUGAGUCUACCAGAGUAGUGUUCAAUAGAAUCCAAACAUUAGAUCCAGAGAAUGUUACAAAGAUUAUUGGGUAUCUUCUUUUGCAUGACCAUGGUGACCAGGAAAUGAUUCGGUUGGCAUUUGGGCCAGACAAAUUAAUCCAUGCCUUAGUUCAGAAAGCCAAAAUUGAUCUAGGACUAGUCCCUAAACCAGCAGGUUCAGCUCCUGUACCUUCCAUGAAUCCUGCACCCAUUUCGGAUAUUCCCCUUCAUUUCACGCCUUAUUCACCGGCUUCUUCCCGGCCGUUCCCGUCAUCAACCAACUUGCGUGUUUCUGUUCCUUACUGGGAUCCUCAGCUUGCUAUGGAACAGCCGUCAAUCCAUAAUUCAGAUUUCAUGCCAUUCAAUUGUUACCCGGAUUCCAUCUCUGAAGAUUACAGGCUUGCAAGCCCGAAUCAGUUCUUUGGCUUUGAGGAUCAGAUAGAACCAGUUAGCCCGGGAUUUCCUAAUGAGUAUUAUUUUUCAGAUUCUGCAUCGAGUGGUUCAAGAGCCAGUCGAAGAACACCGAGCCUGCCAGAGGUCCCAGUCAAGGCUUGUCUAUACUUCAACAAGGGGUUUUGUAAGCAUGGAAAUAACUGUAGGUUCUUCCAUGGACAAUCACUUCCGGAUAGCUACACUCAGAUGUUUAGUCCUAGUUCGAAUGAACUUUUUAAUGAAGAUAAUAUUUUCUCCCCUGGCUCACUUGAGAAGUUGGAAUUGGAGAUUGUGGAGCUUUUGAAACCUAGAAGAGGUGCUCCUGUUUCAAUUGCUUCUUUGCCGUUGUUAUAUUAUGAGAAGUAUGGAAAAGUUCUUCAGGCAGAUGGUUAUCUCACUGAGAGCCAGAGACACGGUAAAGCUGGUUAUAACUUGACAAAGCUUCUUGCUCGAUUGAAGAACAGCAUUCGGCUAAUUGACAGUUGCAGGCCUCAUGGACAGCAUUCUGUAAUAUUGGCAGAGGAUGCCCCAAGGUACAUGGAAUACAGGAGUGAGAGAAGCGACCCUGGUCCAAUUGUUAGUGGAUCCAGACAGAUUUAUCUAACUUUUCCUGCCGAGAGCACCUUUACUGAGGAAGAUGUCAGAAGCUAUUUUAAUACCUUUGGGCUGGUUGAAGAUGUGAGAAUUCCCUGCCAGCAGAAGCGGAUGUUUGGGUUUGUAACCUUCGCCUGUUCAGAUACAGUUAAGAUGAUUUUGUCGAAAGGAAAUCCACAUUUUGUUUGUGGGGCUCGUGUUCUUGUGAAACCUUACAGAGAAAAAUCAAAGCUUGUUGACAGAAAGUACCUAGAGAAGAUCGAGUCUCCGGCUUACUUCUCAGACUUCCUAGAAAUGGAUUCUGAACUUCACUCAAUGCCAAGAGGAUAUGAGACCUCAAGAUUAAUGAAGAGGCAGCUUAUGGAAGAGCAUGAACAAGCUCUUGAACUGGAGAGGCGCCGUCUGUCUGCACUGCAGUUAGCGCAAAAACCAGCCGCCAAUCAGCCAAAUUUUGCCAAUUCCAUGAAUGAACUGAAAAUCUCAGAAGAUCAUUCAAGGUUCCCAUCUGCUCAACGGUACAAUUACUUGCUGGAUGUUCUGAGCGAUGGCACCCCAAGCAAUGAGAAAACCAAGAAUCCACCUGACAAUAAAUCUGACCAGGAGAGUGGUCAAGGACUUGAUCUCCCAGAAAGCCCAUUUGCAUCUCAAAUAGCAAGCAGCAUUUCUACAGUCAUAUAGAUUCGGCAGACACACACAGGAACUAUAGAGGAUUAUUAGAGUACUGGUUUUGAAGGCAGGCAUCUUCCUUUGAUACAAAACAGCCUUUUUUCUUCUUCUCCCUUUUUUUUUCUAAAAAAAAUAACACCCCGAAAAAACACUUCUUUUCUCUUCUCAACUCAAACAACGAUCAAAAUCACCUGGAAGUACAUAUUAGCAAAGAGGAAGAAUCAUCAGAAAAAUCAGAAAGGCACAUCACCCUCCACUUGGGUUGAGGUAGGUAAAUGAUACGGAAGUACAUGUUAGAAGGUUUUUACAGCUUUUAAUCUUACUAUAGGGCGAAGGCUAGAUGUUUGGAAAUUUAGAAGAGAUGGACAAAUAGUGUUCAGAGCAGGAAGAAAGUAGUAUGCAGGAGUUCCAGAGAGGUGAAAAUAUGUUUAUAUCUCUGCAACACCGAACUAUAGGUGAUAAAUAAUUAAUGAAAAAGGCAAGUAGCUUAUUAUACAAA